UCCUCUUUGGAAUUCUCAGGUACUUAUCUUUUCAAUUUCAGAAAUUGGAUUCAAAUUGAUCAUGCGUUUAUUCAAUGGUUGAUAGCGAAUAGAAAGUUGUUUCAUCUGGACAUUGAAAAUUUUGUGUGCAAGAUCAUAAACCAAGUUGGUUGUAGUUGUACUAUCUGUCAUAGGUCGUGUUAAUUAUGCAAUGAAGAUGAUUGUGCAUGGCCAAGAUCCUGAUGUUUCUCGAUGGGGUCUCUAUACCCUAAUAGACGUUUGUGCACUUCCAAGUUCUGGUCCAUGUAACAGUGUUACUCAGUAUGAUAUAGAUGAUUGUCAAGUUGGGUACGUCGUAGAAGGUUAUAAUGAAGCAGGACACACAAAUAAUGUAGAGAAUGAUGCGGUUAUAGCACAUGCUCUUCAAGAGGAACUUUCUCAAAUUGCUGCUGCAGAAGCAUCUGGGCUUCACAAACCUGGACAAGAAUCUAUUCUUGAACAGGCCUGGCUUGCCUCUCCAGGAAAAUGCAAUGGUUAUGAGGACCAGAAUGAUCAUCAUAGAAAAAACAAGAUGGAUGAUGCUGAAUGCAGCAAAAAGGAGGCACAUGAUUUUACCAAGUGUGAAAGUGAAGAAUGUGAUGAUAUCCUGAAUUCUUUUUCAUAUCCUAAUGCUGGAGAAGAAUCCAUUCGGAUGGAAGAGGGAUCACAUUCCCUAGAAAUAGCAGAUGAGUCUACUCUUGAUGGUGAAGUGGGCAUGAGACUAAAUCAGAUGGUUCCUGUGCCGCACGUCCCUAAAAUUAAUGGAGAAAUACCAUCGGAAGAUGAAGAGAUUUCAGAUCAUCAAAGGCUGUUAGACAGGUUGAAGGCAUAUAAUUUGGUUGAAAAUAAGGUCCAAGGAGAUGGAAACUGCCAGUUUCGUGCCUUAUCAGAUCAACUCUAUCGUUCAUCUGAGCGCCACAAAGUUGUAAGGGAUUGUGUUCUUUCUCAGCUGAAGUCUUACCCCCAGAUGUAUGAAGGUUAUGUUCCUAUGGCUUAUGGAGACUAUCUGGAGAAAAUGAGCAACACUGGUGAAUGGGGUGAUCAUGUCACAUUGCAAGCCGCUGCAGAUUCGUAUGGUGUCAAGAUAUUUGUAGUAACUUCAUUUAAGGAUACAUGUUAUAUUGAGAUCCUUCCAUUCGUUAAGAAGUCCGAGCGAGUUAUUUUCUUGAGCUUUUGGGCAGAGGUGCACUACAAUUCAAUAUAUCCAGGACGAGAGCUACCUCUUUAUGAAACUAAUAAAAAGAAGAAAUGGUGGAUACUUGGAAGCUAAAAAUUUGGUGGCAAAUCUCAAGAUUGUAGAUUGUGGCAGUUCUUUAAUGAUGAAAGAGCUUUUCUUUGGUGGAAUUUAUUCCAUUCCUUGUGCAAUUUGGUGAACUAGGGAAGAAUGAAUAGGGCUGAUGACAUUUGAGUGCUGUGUGUAUCCAAUUUAACACCCCUUAUCCUAUUGAUUGUCUGUUUUUCAGUUUCUUGCUUCUUUUUUUUUUUUUUUAAUCAGUAUUGUACAUAUUAUGGUCUUAGAUAGAUUUCACAUGGCAGUACUGUUGAACACUUGUAUGCCUGGGUUGCUAAUGAGAGUAGAAUAAUGGUUACCUGCA